AGGACCUUAGCAGUCCGUGGGUGUCUCAAACAAUACACAAGGAAGUGGAACCGGAGGUGACAGUUUGUAAAAGCCCAGGCAGAACUGGAGCAGUCUUACCAGAGUCUCCAGCCAGAGCAACCAUGAACUUAAAUGACUUUGUGGUCAUCCCAAACACCAAGGCCAAAUCUACCAAGCUCAAUGGGAGGAAGUUGCAGGAGCUCCGUAUGGAGACGGUCACUCUGGCCCAGGAGAGUGAAUGGAUGGAGCAAAGACUCCAGCAGCUGAAAGAGAGCAUGAUCAGGGAGAAGCAGGAAAGAGGGCGACCGGAGGGCUAUAGAUGGAAGUCUGGGAAGGCCGGUACUAUGACCAACCCUUCCAGUGCCAAUAGGAACAAGGAGUACCCACCUCAGACGCUUGCACCAGGCCGGCUGAAGAUCAGACUGCUGAAAGAAGAGCCUCUGAAAGCCCCUGUUCCCCCCGCCUCCCAGCCCACCCCGAGCCUCGCCAGCGGAAGGAAGCAGAGACUCAGAGGAAAGAUCUGUGGACAGUGUGAAGUCAUGGCCGCCGGACUGGCGUGUCCCGAAUGUGGAGAGGACUACUGCGUGGGCUGCUUUACCAAGUUCCACCAGAAGGGGGCACUGAAGCUCCACAGGAUGGUCCCCAUUCAGGCGGAGCUGCAGACCCACGUCAGCACUCUGGCCGUUGUCAGCAGCUUCCGCAGACAAGUAAACAAUGCAGGGGAUGGAGGGGACCAAGGGGCGACAGACACCGAAGAGGAGGACGAGGAGGAGGAUGACAGCAGCGGUGAUGGCUAUGACGAUGGAGAUAACGAAAGAGAGAUGGAGGAAGGACAGGAGGGAGUGGAGGGCAUAUCCCUUCUGGACGGAGUGUAUGACGAAGAGGACUCGGCUCUGGGCUUCCAGAAGGCUCUGAGGGAGUGGAGGGGCCAGGGGACAGGAGAGAUGAGGAGGAGCGGGAGCAGCGGAGGAGGAGAGGAACGUGGGGAGCGAGUGCCUGUCAAUGUGGUAUUCCAGGACGACAGCCUCUGUUAUCUUGACAGACUGCUCCUCAAGAAUCACCGCAGAACACCAAUCAAACUGCAUCGACUGAAUUCAGACCCCGGCCUCGAUUCAACAUCGCUGGCUCACACUCAGGACGGGCCGGCGGACCGCACCCUGACUGGUGAAUCUCACACACACACACACACACACACACACACACACACACACACACACACACACACACACACACACACACACACACACACACACACACACACACACACACACACACACACACACACACACGGGGUCUGUUAG